GUGCCGGAAGCUGUCGGGAAAGCAUGAAUGAGUCGAGGAGUUCCGUGGAGGCGAUGUUCCAGUCCAAGCUGGGCGAGUCUGGGCGUUUGGAGCGACGGAGCUGUGUUGACGUGCUUCAGUCCUUGGGCCUGACCUUCCAGGAGGCCAAUACCCUUCUGAAGGAGUACUCAGAAGAUUCGUGGAUUUGUGUGAAGGACUUCUUGGAUAUCCUCUUCGCACCUCCAGAGGUCCAAAAAGCUGAAGAAAGCAUGCAAGAAAGGAACCAGCCAGGGGCAAGCACUGCAUUGGAGGUACACAAAGCCGAAACCAGCGUGAAAGAAGGGAGUGAUGUGAAGAAGCCUUCAACAUCUGAGGCCCAUCUCGGAAAAUAUUUCCAGAAAGACUACAAGAAUGGUGGGGCCUUUAAGAAUGAAGAAUAUGAAUUUGAUCCUGACGAUUGGUGCUGGGUCCACAAAGGCCUCAAGAUCAAGGUAUGGGCAGAUGCUCUUGACCUGACCCAAGCUGGGGGAGAUGGUGAUGUGGAAUGUUACUUUCACUAUACCACAGAGCUCGGAUUCCGGAACAUCACACACGCGAGCAAAGCCGCUGUGGAAGUGUUCGCUUCUCUCAUCACAAGCGGUGAAAAGGCCAAUGCGUGGUGGGGAAAAGGCGUAUACAGCGUACGGAAGGCACCUGACGAGUGGCCAAGUGUGGAGACCAUCCUGGACAACAACUACCGCAACAUGCUCAAGCGAGAUAUCGAUCUGAAAGGUCGUGAGGCAGCAAUCCAGGACUAUCAAUCGAGGGUGGAGUUUUGCAUUCCAAUCCUUGUCAAUGCAUCCAUAGCCUACGAUGUCUCCAAAAGACCUACACCAGAAAUGCUGGAGCAGGCUGGGUUGAACCUCGCUGGAAAGCUCCUGAACGAAGCGGGAAAGCCACCACGCGAAUGUAUCGUUGUGCGAGCACAAGGAGAAAGCGAUAUUGGAAAUGCCAGAGCAGUGCUGGUGGAGACGACGCUUCGCUGCCGUGCUGAAGCUGCGGUCGCCCGACUUGGCCCUACAGAUGGAUACGCCCUCCAGGCAAUGAGCCGGCUGGCGUUUGUGCUCCGAAAGCGCGGGGACCUGGCGGAGGCCGAGGCGCUACGGCGGCGAAUUCUGGACGCCUACCAGGCGCAGUGGGGUGCAGAGCACCGACAGACCCUGACGGCGCUGAACAAUCUCGCGGGCGUUUUGGAAGAUCAGGGCAAGUUUGAGGAGGCUGAACCACUUCAUCGCAGAGCGCUGGAAGGAAGAGAGGCUCGACUUGGAGCCAGGCACCCCGAAACCUUCACCUCCGCCAACAACUUGGCGCUUUUGCUGGAGAAGCAGGGCAAGUUCAAGGAGGCGGAGCCCCUUCAGCGCAGAGUUCUGGAAGGAAGGGAGGCACAACUUGGAGCCAGGCACCUCGACACCCUGGUGUCUCUCAAUAAUCUGGCCAGUUUGCUGUGGAGGCAGGGCAAGUUCGAGGAGGCUGAGCCCCUUUACCGAAAGGCGCUGGAAGGAAGGGAGGCCCAGCUUGGAGCCAGGCACCCCGACACGCUGAGUUCACUCAACAAUCUGGCCGCUUUGUUGUUUGCCCAGGGCAAGCUUGAGGAGGCCGAGCCUCUCUUCCGCAGACAAUUGGAAGGAAUCGAAGCUCAGCUUGGAGCCAGUCAUCCCAACACCCUUACCUUCGCCAACAACUUGGGGGUUCUCCUGCUGGAUCGGAGGAAACUCGACGAGUCAGAGGUGUUCUUGCACCGAGCAGUGGAAGGGCGAGAAGCCCAGCUGGGCAGCCAACAUCCCCACACGCUCCGCUCCGUCUACCACUUGGCCCGUCUCAGUGCGGCUCAAGGGCGCUUGGAGGAAGCCCAGUCGCACUUCCGCCGGGCGAUGGAAGGGCAAGUGGCCCAGUUGGGAGUUAGACAUCAGGAGACAUUGGACUCGAUCUCUGGUCUGGCAAAGCUCUUGGAGGCAAAAGGCUCGAUGGAGGAGGCACACGAGCUCUACCAACGGCAGCUGGACGCCUUGGAGGAAUUGCACGGCUCAGACCAUCCCAAGACACGCGCGUGCCGUGAACACCUGGAACACCUUCAGCGUGGAGACAAGCGUCAAUAA